UAAAGUACAGGAAAGGACAACAUUGGAGUGAGUGGGGAGCUAAAGAAUUGGUGAGCAUAUAAUAGAUCAACACUCAGUAUAACUGUUUUUUCGGGAACUUCAGCACUUUCUUUUUAUCAUCCUGGGUUCACAAGUUUCACGAGUAGCUGUAGCUGUGCAGUCUGUAAAAAAAUUGCCCCAAAUGACUGAUAUAAACACAAAGGAGGAGUUGAAAAAACGAUUAACUCCUUUACAGUGGCAUGUAACACAAGAAAAAGGUACAGAGAGACCAUUCACAGGAUGUUAUAAUAAAUUUUAUGAAAAAGGAACUUAUACUUGCAUUGUAUGUGAUCAAGAAUUAUUUUCAUCAGAAACUAAGUAUGAUAGUGGGUGUGGCUGGCCAGCAUUCAAUCAAGUUUUGGAUCAAGGAAGAGUUAAAUUAACAAAAGAUACUUCACAUGUUGGUGGCAAUCUACUAUUGCUGAUCGCAAACCCAGAUAUGGUGCGAACUGAAGUGACCUGUUCCAAGUGCGGCGCUCAUUUAGGCCACGUAUUCAACGAUGGACCUAAACCAACACGAACGCGGUUCUGCAUCAACUCCGCAUCUAUCAAGUUCCAUGAAACUGGAGAAGAAAAAUGUAAUAACUCAUAAUUAAACAUUUAUAAAAAAUACUAUAUAUUAUAUUAUUAUAACUUUUGACUGUUUUUCCAAAUUAUCUAAAAAGAUGAGCUGUUUGAUUUAUUUUCAUUUUCGAUGAAUAUAUUUUUUUAUAUUCACAAAAUAUUCAACUUCUAAUAUAAAAAAAUGAUCAAAUUUGCCAUUU